AGUAGAACAUAUACUUUGAUACUGCUCGUUUUCAAAUCAAGCACUGUCAAGAUCCAGGCUUCUGGUACUACUUCACUAAAAAGAUCAUGAAGUCAUGUGCUUGUCUUAGCUACUGGAGCAAACAAAUAGAAGAUGUUUUAUAAAGGGAUCAUCUAAUUAGCUGCACUGAAUUGUCAUUUGAAGAUAGAUGCACUUAUAUUUUAGUAUUUUAAAUCUGCUGACAGCUUGGGUAAUGAUGGCUCAACUCCAGCAAGGAGUCCCUGAUGAAAAAGAAAAGACUACUGCAUUAAAGGAUUUAUUGUCUAGAAUAGACUUGGAUGAACUGAUGAAAAAAGAUGAGCCACCACUUGAAUUUCCUGAUACUCUGGAAGGAUUUGAGUACACUUUUAAUGAAAAAGGGCAGUUAAGACAUGCAAAAACUGGGGAGCCAUUUGUAUUUAACUAUCGUGAAGAUUUGCAUAGAUGGAACCAGAAGCGCUAUGAAGCUCUUGGAGAGAUUAUUACUAAACAUGUUUAUGGACUACUGGAAAAGGAAUGCCACUUGAAAAAAAUAACUCUCCCAGUUGAUGCCGCUGAGAAUGAACCAAAAAGCUUUAUCUUUAUGAGUGAAGAUGCAUUAACAAAUCCUGACAAACUGUUGGUCCUAAUUCAUGGUAAUGGUGUUGUCAGAGCAGGACAGUGGGCUAGGAGACUUAUCAUUAAUGAAGAUCUGGACAGUGGCACACAGAUACCAUAUAUAAAGAAAGCUAUUGAGGAAGGCUAUGGAGUAAUAGUACUGAAUCCCAAUGAGAACUAUAUUGAAGUGGAGAAGACAAAAGCCCAAGUACAGCUGUCUUCUGAUAGCUCAGAUGAACCUGCAGAAAAGAGGGAAAGAAAAGAUAAAAUCCAGAAGGAAACAAAGAAACGACGUGACUUCUAUGAGAAGUAUCGAAAUCCACAGAAAGAAAAAGAAACAAUACAGAUGUAUAUUAGAGAUAAUGGAUCUCCGGAAGAACAUGCAAUUUAUGUUUGGGACCAUUUUAUUUCCCAGUCAGCAGCAGAGAACGUGUUUUUUGUUGCUCACAGUUAUGGAGGACUUGCAUUUGUAGAGUUGAUGAUUCAGCGAGAGGCAGAAGUAAAGAAUAAGGUAACUGCUGUGGCGUUGACAGACUCUGUUCACAAUGUGUGGCAUCAAGAAGCUGGCAAAACUAUUCGAGAGUGGAUGCGAGAGAACUGUUGUAACUGGGUGUCCAGCUCUGAGCCACUGGACACGUCCGUGGAGUCCAUGCUGCCCGACUGCCCCCGAGUCUCUGCAGGGCCAGGAGAAACACAGGGAGGAGCAGCACCUUCAAGCACUAGAGCUGAAUCUACAGGAAGCCCUGAAAUAUGCUCCAAGUCUGGAAUGGUUUUCAGAGCUUGUGUGGACAUAUUGCAAGGGUACACAGAAAUGCUUGUACUAAGACUGCCUGUUCUGCAACAGUUUGGACAACGAGAUGAGAUGCACCAUCACAUAACAUGGGACUUUAAAGUACUGCCCUUCCCAGCUGCUGAUGCAGGCACUGCCGUUUCUACAGCAUCGCCUGGGCUGCUUGUAUUUUGGGAGCACCAAAGCUGGAUAAGCUUGUGCUCGUGCUGCUGGAACAGCUGUUCCUUGGGUGAUUUACAUAAUUUCAUCUGCUUGGUGGGUUUUAAAAAUCUGAGAUAUUCUUCAGUGAAGGAAAAUGAAAUCAGCAUUUUCUGAAUUAUUUCCAAUAAUUAAUUCUCAUCUGAAUGUUUGAUGGUACAAUUACUAUGUAGGAGCAAAUAAUCAUAAAACACCAUCAUGGAGACUAGCUAUUUUCGAAGUGCUGGUCUUUUCACAUGCCCAGUGCAUAAGUGGCAUUCUACCAUGUUAGCAGAGUUUGCAGGCAAGGAAUGUAACUUCAAGUCUGUGCCUUAUGUGCACCAGAAGCACUGAAAAGCUGUGGGAUUUUGGAAUAGUUGCAUUUUAAAAUCUGCCUCUCAAGUAUUUCAUUUGGCAUUAAUUAAUUUAAUGCAGUUACUGUCACAGUAUGAUAUAUGAGUCAAAUGUUGUGUGCCCAUCAGUGCCUGGUGCUACCACUGGUCUGGGUUGCACCAUCUUGAUCUGCUUAAGCAUGGCAGCAGUGAGCACUGCCUUGGAAACCAUGUUAUACAUUCCCUUGGCAAGUGUCGGGGUAAGAAGAUGCCACUGACUUCUUUUAUGGCACUGCUGUAUGUCAAGUUUGGUCAUGUAAAUUAGUAUUUCUCAGAUUUAUAACCUGUGGAAGUUUCAGAGCAUAAAUACACAUUUAAUAGUGGUCUCUGAAGAAGCCACAUGGAUCUAUGUUCUCAGGAAGGACGGGGUAUAUUGAACAGGUAAAAUUUCCUUUGUUCAUAAAAUAAUCUUCCUUUGUCCUGCUUGAGAAGAUGAUGAUUUUCAAAAGCUAAGUACUUUGUGCUCUUUGAUGCAAUUUUAUAAUUCUUUUUCUAGAUCAUGAUAGAAGAAAAAGAAUAUAAAAAAUUCAGAAAUUCAGUUGUCUCACUGAUGUAUGUUAUUCUAAUUCCUCAGAGUUAUUGUGACAUACCUUGCAAAUGUAAUCAGUGCUACCUGUUGUCUAGAUACAGCUGAUAAAAUUGCGGACUAAUAAAAAACAGGACUGAUGGAAAAAAA